AUGGCUGAAGGAAUAAAGACUAGCGCCGUCCUUCACCGCGAUACCCGCUUCCACCCCAAGAAAGCAAUUGAUGGCAAAGGCUGCUACCUCUUCCUCGAAGAUGGCACCAAGUUCCUCGACUCGACCGGUGGCGCAGCCGUAUCCUGCCUUGGCCACGGUCACGAAAAGGUCAGGCAAGCCAUCAUCGAUCAAACCAACAAGAUAUCAUAUUGCCACACGGCGUUCUUCAGUACCGAAGUGACCGAAGAGCUGGCUCAAUUCCUGGUCGAUUCAACAGGCGGCAAGCUGUCGAAGGUGUAUAUGGUUAGUUCCGGCUCCGAGGCAGUUGAAGCGGCAUUGAAAUUAGCUCGACAGUACUUCCUCGAGCUCCCCACACCCCAGCCUCAACGCACCCGGUUCAUUGCCAGGAAGCCCUCUUAUCAUGGGAUCACCUUGGGCGCACUAGGGGUGGGAGGACACGUCCUUCGACGACAACCCUUUGAGCCAUUGCUCCCCCCAAACACCUCCCAUGUGUCCCCUUGCUACUCUUACCGGGGCAAGAAAAAUGGCGAAACAGAUGCGGACUACGUUGCUCGACUUGCUGCAGAGUUAGACGCCGAAUUUCAACGUGUUGGGCCGGAGAACGUCUGUGCUUUUGUGGCGGAGCCGGUUGUCGGAGCUGCAUUGGGCGCCGUCCCCGCCGUCCCCGGCUACUUCAAAGCCAUGAAAGCCGUGUGCGAAAAAUACGGGGCGCUUCUCAUCCUCGACGAAGUAAUGAGUGGGAUGGGUCGCUGUGGGACACUACAUGCAUGGGAGCAAGAAGGCGUAGUUCCUGACCUACAGACUAUCGGUAAAGGUCUUGGAGGUGGAUAUGCUCCCGUAUCUGGUCUUCUGAUCGGAGAGAAGAUCGUGCAGACAUUGGAUAAAGGCACAGGCGUUUUCCGGCACGGACAGACAUACCAAGGCCACCCUAUGUCAUGUGCUGCUGCUCUAGCUGUGCAGAAGGUCAUCCAAGAAGAGAACUUACUAGAGAAUGUGCAGGAUAUGGGAGUUUACUUGGAAAGGCAGCUUAAAGCUCGGCUGGGAGAUCACCCAUAUGUGGGGGAUAUUCGUGGGAAGGGGCUAUUUUGGGGGAUUGAGUUCGUUAAGGACAAAUUCACUAAAGAGCCCUUUAGCCCCGAGCUGGGGGUAGCCGCUCAUAUCCAGGAAACUGGGUUGGACCCGACAUACGGAAUCUCGUUGUAUGCGGCUACAGGGUGUGUGGAUGGAACGCAGGGAGACCAUGUCCUCCUCGCACCGCCGUAUAAUGUGACGAAGGAUGAGAUUGAUCUUAUUGUGGAAACUACUGCUAGAGUCCUGGAUCAAGUUUUCACUAAGGUGGUUAAGGUCUGA